CGUCUCUCCAUCUAGGAGUUCGCUUCUACAGUGCUGGAGUAGGUCAGGGUCGGGUCCGCCCCCUGCCCAGCUACGCAGUCCCGGUGGCCUGCGCACUUACUUUGCAGACCCGCUGGUGAGCUGCUGCUAAGGUUGGCAUCUCCAACUACUGUCACCUCUGCUAGCUCAAGCACCAUGAUGUUUUCUGCAAUGUCAAAUGUUUCUGCCUCCAUAGUAGCCACAGAACCGUCAUCUACAACUUCAACAACCACCACUACCACAGUUACCACCAACACCACUACCACAAUCACCAGUGACUUUAACCAGUACCUAAGACCAUUGACAUCACCUUGGAUUAAUAACACUGGCUUAGUCAGUGUUUCUUCUGUACCUGUUACUAUGACUGUUAAUUCAAUAGUAACUCCUGUGAUGACAUAUGGUCAGCUGGAUAGUAUGAUGAACAAAUGGAGCUUUGAGCUACAAGAACAACAAAAGCACUUUCUUUACCAGGCCACUCAACUAAAUGCUUGGAACCAUACAUUGAUUGAGAAUGGUGAAGAGAUUACUCUUCUACAUAAAGAAGUGGAAAAAGUGAAGCUGGAUCAGAAAAGGUUGGAACAAGAAUUGGAUUUUAUCCUGUCACAGCAGAAGGAACUAGAACAUCUGUUGACUCCUUUAGAAGAGUUUUUGCAGGAACAGAAUGGGCCUUUUAAUCUGCUGUACGUAGAUAAGGAGUAUGAGAGAAUUUACAAAUUAGCAGAAAAUAUAGAUGCUGAGCUGAAACGAAUGUCUCAAGAUCUCAAGGACAUUAUUGUUCAUCUGAAUACACUUGGAAGUCCUGCUGACACCACAGAACCGCUCCAGCAGAUCUGCAAAAUUCUGAAUGCUCAUAUGGUCUCUCUGCAGUGGAUUAGUCAUAAUUCAGUGAGCAGUGCUUCUUGGGUGGAGUUGAAGGGAUUGUCAAAAGGCAUAAUGCAAAAGAAAGUUGAAGAGGUAACAAAGGUUUUUGAGGAGUAUCGUCGCAAGGAACAGGAAUACAAUAUGAAGAUUGUCUUUGCAUAACUUUUUGGAUUAUUCAUCAACUAUGUAUACUCAUAAUAUUAAGUAGAGUAGUAUUUACAUUUACUACUUAAUCUUUGAUUGCAAUAAGUUGUGCAUGUAUGUGAUUUUUUUCAUUUAAAUACUGUGAAAAGAAUUAUACUGCAGCUUUAUUUUCAGAAUUAAAUGAAAUCAAGGCUGGGAACAUAGCUCAGUGGUAGAGUGAUUGCCAACAAUUAAAGCUAUAUUAAUUGUGCCAAUUACCUAUUAGAUAAUGAUUCUGUGUGUAUAAGGUAUAUCUUACACUCAUAGAUUCUAUAUGACCACAAAUACAAAUCUACUUCUCAUUCCAAUUAAAUUGCGGGAGGAUGUUUGCCAAAAAGUACAUGCCAACCAGUCUUUACUGGGUGCUUGUUACAGUUCAUGUAAAGUGCUAGAUAUUUUAAAGUCUCUUAAAUAAAAUUUAUUGUCUACUUUGAGAUAUAAUUGAAAUAUAGUUCUUAUCUAUUUUAAAACAAUAUGAACUAUACCAGGAAAUGAUUUACAGAAAGUAUUUUACAAAAAAUUCAGAGGAAGAAGUAAGUUUCCAUGAAUUUGGGAUUUGAAUUAGGGCUUCUGUUUUGUCUUAUUUUUCUUAUGGUACUAGGCAUCAAACCCACGGCCUCACACAUGUGAGGCAAGUAUUGCACCAUUGGGCUAUAUACCCAGUGCUGGAGUAGAUUAUUUUUUAAAAGGUAAGGUUGAGGCAAUUCAAUUAUUUUUGAUUGUAAAUAAAUAGCUCCAUUUUUUUUUU